AUGAGGCACCGGAAUUGGGCCGACAUCGGUCUCACACCUCACAACAGAUGGAGGACAAAAUACUCGUCGAUAGUCUUCUACCUCACACUGCUUGCCCUCUUCUCAACCGGAUUCCAGACAUGUUUCGCGGAAUCAACAAAAAAUCAGACAAAAACAGAGGUGAGUUCGGCUUUAGCAGCUGAGCUUGUCCAAACCAUUAGUCAUCAUUUUUGCUUUUAGGAUGCGCUAAAGCCGAAAAAUGACUCCGACAAAGAGGAGUCGCAGCGGUCCGAUUCGCAUCGAUUUCACUCGUUAUUGUCCAUUCUAAAGCCAGCACGAACCAAACGUCAAUGUUGUGCGUCGUGUACAGCGGGCCCGUUCGGUGGCUUCAAUUGCCCUCCGGGUUGUAAUGGCUGUCCCCUACCGCCCUCAGUGAUAUUACAACCACCGCUAGGGGAUUUCCAACGCUCCCCAUCGCCCUGCGUCCAGCAAUGCCAGCCACUGUGCCUGCCGCAGUGUGUUCGCCGCUUUCUGCUGAUACCUUUGGACGGUAUUGGAGGCGGUGGCAUAAUUACAGACCCUCUAGGCGGACUUCUCGGCGGAGGACUCGGCGGUAUCGGGGGCUUGGGAGGAAUUGGACUUCCCGGAGGAUGCAUUGGAGGAGGAUGUAUCGGUGGAGGAGGCUGCAUUGGAGGAGGAUGCGGGUAAGUAACUAUAAUUGACUAUUAGAAUCUUGGAGCGAAGUAAACUGAACUCCAUUUUCCAGAGGAGGGAACCAGAUUGUAGUGCUGCCUGGUGGAGGCGGGUUCCCUGGAGGAGUUUUUCCUGGUCCACCUCCGCCUCCAACCAAUCCAUUUGGCCCCAUCACUUGUCCCGUCCCAUGUAUGCCAGACUGCCGCAAAGAAUGUGUUCAAACCAUUAUCGUAAAUGUCAGGCCAAACGGAAAUGGUAACAAUUUUGCAAUAUUAAUCUUAAUUUUCAUCGCUUUGCAAGCUUGCUUGAGCUAAAAAGUCUAACAACGCUUAUAAAAUUAAUGCAGGUUGUAACGGAUGCAUAAGGCCGCCUAUACCGCUGCCGCCACCACCGCAGCCGAUUGUGCCAUACCCGCCGCCACCGCCGCCGACACCGCCUCCGCCACCACCGCCGCCUCCGCCGCCACCACCACCGCCUCCGCCGCCACCACCGCCAAGACUAAUCCUACCUCCGCCAACCUUGCCACCUCCUCCUCCGCCUCAAAUUAUCUUGCCGCCUCCGCCGCCCCCAAUUCAACCGAACAUUAUUCUUCCGCCGCCAAACAACAUCGUUUUCCCUCCGCCAAAUAAUAUCGUAUACCCGCCACCUUCGCCACCGAACGGACCACAAGUUGUUGUGAUUGGCGGACAACGAAUCGUUUGCCCGGAAACAUGUCGUCCGGACUGCUCGAACAAUUGUCUGCAGAAAGUGAUUCUACCUGGGCCAAGACCAAUAGGACCAGAACCGUUUGGUCCCGGACCAUUUGGGCCUGGACCGUUUGGGCCUGGACCAUUUGGGCCCGGACCCUGCUUCCCCGGAUGCCGGCCUGAUUGCCCUGAUUGGUGCGGAGGAGGAGGAAACGGAGGAUUGACAAUAUUGCCGAACGGAUUACCCUGCGUUGGGCCAUGUCAACCGAGCUGCUCACUCCGUUGCAUACAAGCUUAUAUACUUACAGUUCAGCCAGUUACAGUAUGCAUACCCGCUUGUCGUCCGCUUUGUUCACCUCAGUGCAUAAAGCGCUGUGACGGCUGUGCUAAUGGCGGCAAUUGCCCAAGCUUUUGCCAAGCUCCGCCAUAUUUCGGCCCGGCGUCGCCAUUCGAAUAUGGCCCAGAUCCAAGUUUCAUUCCUCAAGGUCCUGCAAUUCCAGCUGGCCCACCAGUCUUCUUCGACGGAUGCGCUCCCGGAUGUCGGCCACAGUGUGCCCCUGGUUGCACGAAUCAAUGCAAUUCCUGUUUGGGUAACGGUGGACCGUGCCCCUCCUUCUGCGGUAUCCCCGGAUUCCAGCCUCAAUUUGCUCCACCGCCACUCCCGCCUCCAUGCCCGCAGUCUUGUCAGCCGGCCUGUCAGCCGUCAUGUAUUUGUAAUAAUUGCGCAAAUGGUGCGUUCUUUAAUCCAGGACAAUUUUCGAUUCCUCAAUUUAGUAGGUUUAAGGGUUCACUGAGAAUGUCCAUCGGAUUACAGUAAUCAUUGUUAGUUGAACAGUUAAUUUCUAUCUUUUCAGGUCCUUGUCAACAGUUCUGUUCUCCGUCAAUUGAGCCGCCAGCUGCAAUGCCGAUUCAGCCUCCGCCCGCGCCACCACCGCUCCCGGCUCCAUGCUUCCCUGGUUGUCGCCCAUUGUGCGAGCCGCAAUGUAUUGAUCAAUGCCAAGGCUGCAGCGCCCUUAAUGGUGGCUGCCCCGGCUUUUGCACACAACCUCCACCAUUCUUCUCGGUCCCAGCAGGGCCAAAUCUCCCGCAGCUUUCUCCAGUUGGUCCUGGUUGUUUCCCAGGCUGUGCUCCAGCCUGUCAGCCGUCUUGUGUUCAAGCCUGCACGCAAUGUGGAUAUCCAAGUCAAGGUUGUCCGUCCUUCUGCGGACCGCCAGUUCCACAACCACUUCCUCCACCGCCUCAAUUCGCACCACCACUUCAAUGCAUACCUGCAUGUCAGCCUCAGUGUUCCCCUUCAUGUGUUCAGCAAUGUGAUCCAUGUGCUCAAGGAGGCCCGUGCCCCUCCAUCUGUACAGGAUAUGCACCUCCAAUAGUCCAUGUUCCAGCCCCAGAUAGUUGUUUACCCGGCUGUUUACCGGCAUGUGAACCAUCAUGCACACAGGCUUGUGCUCCUUGUCUAAACGGAGGUCAGUGCCCGAACUACUGUGGAUACUCUCCUCAGCCACUACCUCCGUUGCCUCCUCUACCACCAAUUCCGCCACCGCCUCAAUAUCUGUGCCCCGGAGCAUGUCAACCGCAGUGUUCCCCGCAAUGCAUUCAGGCAACUUGUGAUCCUUGUCUACAACAUUCAGCACCUUGUCCAUGCCAACCAGCUCCGCUUCCACCGCUACCGCCACCACCAAUUCCACCGCCGCCGCAAUAUUUGUGCCCUGGAGCAUGUCAACCGCAGUGUACUCCACAAUGCAUUCAGACAACUUGCGAUCCCUGUCAACAACACUCAGCGCCUUGCCCGUGUCAACAAGCGCCUCCACCACCACCGCCGCCUCCACCACCACCGCCGCCGCCUCCGCCACCACCUCAUUGCGCUCCGGAAUGUCAACCUCAAUGUCUGCCGGCGUGCAUUCCACAGGUACCCAACUACGGCUACAACAACAUCGGCUACUCACCAUUUCAGGUGCCACCAUCGCCUCUGCCACCAAUUCAUUCACCGCAGAUCCCACCAACGGCUUCGUACCUAGCCCCUGGAUGCGCGCCAGUCUGCCAGCCGGCCUGCCUGCCGUCUUGUGUUCAAGCGUCACCACCGCCACCUCCUCCUCCACCACCACCUCCGCCACCACCUCCGCCGCCACCACCACCACCUCCACCACCGCCGCCGCCGUGUGUUCCCGAAUGCCAACCAGCCUGUUUACCGCAAUGCGUAAACCCGUGCGAAGUCCCACCAUGCCCACCUCCAUCACCAUAUCCACCCUCACCCCUCCCCCCAAUUCACGAGCCCAUACCUCCACCAAUAGCACCGCCACAACGCCCUGUGAUUCCCCUCUUCCUUCCACCACCACAACGACCGCCUCCACCUGGUUGUAUACCAUCAUGUCAGCCGGCAUGUGAUCCCCAAUGCACGCAGUCGUACCUCGUCACAAUACAAAGUAUAUGUCCGCCUACCUGUAGGCCGCAAUGUGAAGGAGUUUGUGUCGAGAGACAUGGUAUGUAAAAUGAAGUUUUAGAGUCUUAAAGGGUAAAGUAUCAGAGUAAAAAUAUCUUACAGCACCUUUCACUGCACCAUGCAUCACUGGUCCCGCUCCAUGUCAAUGUGCUCCGGGUUAUGCCCAAUGCGGCCCCGGAAUUUGCUGCUUGCGAUAUAAGAAUAUGUUGAGAAGGUUUAGUCAAUUGGGAAGUCAUACCAGUGCAAAUUCGGAUACCAAAGAUACAAAAGUGGAAGUCAAAGUCACCGAGAUGGGGAAACGGAACGACACGACAAAUGUAUGGAACAGUAAUGUUUAGACAUGGCUUGCCGGCCGGCCAGCCCGCGAGCCAUGUCUAGUAACAUUUUCAUUAAAAUCUGAGCGUCGAACCUUAAGCACUCUCCCUGAUAGAAACUUUAUAUCAAUUUUCAGUCGCAAUUUCUUUUCAGACCGACUUCCAUCAACGAUGGCCCCACAAACUCGGCAAACGCUCCAAGCCCAAGAAGACGGAGCAGCCCGCCAAAGACGAGAACACCAUGAGUAACACCGGUUCCGAGUAA